UGUCUCCUUUCCUUCACGAGUUUACUUCAUUUCCCACCACUGCUCACCUCCACUGCUGGAAGCAGAAUGGCAGCGGCGGCACCCAACCCGGAGGACUCCACCAGGAGCACCGGUAGCGGCGGCACCAGCACGCCUAGCGCCCUUGCUGGAGACGGGGACGCGGAAGAGGCCGAGGACUUCACCUCGUCCUCCCACUGUUCGGAGCUUUCGCGGCGGCAGAACGAGCAGAGGAAGCAGGGCUUAUUCUGCGACGUGACGUUGGCCUUUAGCAGCGGGGCCGCUACGGGCAGCGUCCAGAGCUGUGAGUUUUCAGCCCACAGGUCUGUCCUGGCUGCAGCUACCGACUACUUCACGCCACUGCUGGGGGGACAGUUCUCCGAGUCCUUGUCCGGACGGGUAGAGAUGAAAGAAUGGAGCUCAGAGCUGGGGCCGGACCCCGAGACGGUGGAGAGUGUUAUCCAGUAUAUGUAUACAGGAGAAAUACGCGUCAGUACCUGCAAUGUGCAUGAAGUGCUGGAGCUGGCUGAUAGGUUCCUGCUGCUGCAGCUGAAAGAUUUCUGUGGUGAGUUUCUUAAGAAGAAGCUGAGUCUGACCAACUGCGUGGCGGUCCACAGCCUGGCUCACAUGUACACCUUGGACCAGCUGGCUCUGCGGGCUGCAGACAUGAUCCGCCGCAACUUCCACAAGGUUAUCCAGGAUGAGGAGUUCUACACACUCCCCUUUCACUUGGUCCGUGACUGGCUAUCAGAUGCAGAGAUCACGGUGGAUUCUGAGGAGGUGCUUUUUGAGGCUGUGGUGAAGUGGGUGCAGAAGAACCCAGAGGAGAGGAGCCGCUAUUUUGAAGAGCUUUUUCGUCUGCUGAGGCUGCCUCAGAUCAAGCCCACCUACCUGACCAGGGUGGUGAAAAAUGAACGAUUGGUGGCAUCCAACGAGGCCUGUCUCCGGCUGGUGUCAGAGGCUGUAGAGGGCCAUGCUAUUCGAUUUGAAAACCUCAAGUCAGCUGAUAUGGAGUUCUGGUCUUCACACAUGGCCUCCUUUCAACCUCGCUUUGGCCAGAAUAUGGAUGUUAUCAUGGUAGUAGGUGGAGUGUCAGAGGGAGGUGACUACCUUAGUGAAUGUGUGGGCUAUUUUAUUUAUGAGGACCGCUGGGUCAACUUGCCUCACAUCCACAACCACCUGGAUGGCCAUGCUAUCGCUGCCACAGAGUCCCACGUCUAUGUAGCUGGUUCUAUGGAGCCAGGCUUUGCUAAGACUGUGGAACGCUACAAUCCUAAUCGCAACACCUGGGAGCAGGUGAGCAACCUGACCACACGCAAGCACUCUUUUGGCCUGACCUGUAUUAAGGAUAUCUUGUACAGCAUUGGGGGCCAUGGCAACUUCAGUCCAGGUUUCAAAGAUGUCAGCGUGUAUGAGCCAGAGCAGGACAAGUGGCACAAUCUGGAAUCUGCUCCCAAGAUCCUGCGAGACGUGAAGGCAGUGAGUGUGGAGGACCGCUACGUGUAUGUCACGGCACGCACGCCCGUUGACACAGAUAACGAGGAUGGACUGAAGACGGUGACCACUCGCUACGACACAGAGAGCCGCCAGUGGCAGGAUGUUGACUCCCUGCCCCUUAUUGACAACUACUGUAUCUUCCAGAUGGCUGUGGCAUCCACUAACUUCUACCACACAGCCUCCUGCUGUCCCAAGAGCUACACGGUCCGGGAUGAGGUUGCCAGACAGAAGAUUAGCGUGCGCAUCUCUGAUGAAAUCCUAGAAAGCCUUCCACCAGAAGUAACCAGCAUCGAGGGUGCUGCAAUUUGCCAUUUCGAUGAGGAUGUUUUCAUCAUUGGUGGCUGGAAGAAUAGCGACGAUGUAGACAAGCAGUACCGCAAGGAGGCCUACCGAUACUGCGCUGAGAGGAAGCGAUGGAUGCUGCUGCCACCCAUGCCCCAGCCUCGCUGUCGAGCUACCGCCUGCCACGUCCGCAUCCCGUACCGCUUCCUGUACGGCUGCCAGCGGUACCCCAUGCCUCAAAACCUGGCCCGCCAGCGAGAUCGCAUGCAACAGAUGCAGCAGCUUCACAGGCGCACCCUCACCCUGCGCCGGCAGCUCCAGUCGCAGAUAGAGUGUUGAACACUCCACUGUGACUAUGUCCGAAAAUUUCCUAUAAACCCCAAUUCCAAUGUGCUACCUUUGGCCCCCACCCUCAUAUAUCGCUCACUAAAGCAGGUCUUGUUACUGUCAUCCUGGAUUUCAUUAAUCUGAACUGUGUGCCAUCAGCUUUUAUGCUGUGUUGUGUUAAUGGCUCAUUUGUGGAAAGCCAUGAAAUAUGUGGGCAGGUUUGUGCUGUCCUGCUUGUGGUCUGUGAGGAGGGAUGUUGCAUACACAUGUGAAUAAGAGUGUUAUAGAACAGCCAACGAUUAAAUAUCCGUUAGCCAUUUAUGUUUGUAUCGAGGCUGUUUCUCUUUAUACAUAAAUAGUAUAAAAGCUGUAUAUGUAUACAUUUCUAUGGAUAUUUUACAUUCCUUUAUUGUACUGGAAGACAACGUGGCAUUAGUAAUAAUUGCAUUCCUGCAUUCUUAAUGAAGUCCCAUUCCAUUAUAACACUGUGACAAUCGGUCAAAAUUCCAACUUAGAUUUUAACUGCUCUGUUACUAUGGCUUUGCUUGUUACUGUACAGGCACAACUAAAUAUGAAUAAAUAUGGUUGUUAAUCAUAAAAUCCUGUAGACUAGUUUGCUUUUAGAUUGCUGUUUCUUUCCAGCAGAUGUAUAUUUGUGUCACUUGUAACAGUGGUAAUGUUUCUCCAGGUUUCUGACGGAAGGACUGUAAUAUCCCAAAAGAUGUGAUAAGAUGCAAUGAAAUCUUUCCUUUAAGUAAGCUAACAUUGAAACAAUCUGCUCUGCAACUGCAUUAAGGACCAAUCAUCAGCAGCGGCUUAAUCGUUCCUUUCUUUUGCACUUUGGUUAUCUUUGGUUGCCCAUUCAUUCAGCAAAGAUAUAUAUUUAAUGUUUAUGAUGCGUGUGGGAGUGUGUAUAGGGCUUGGUUAUCACUCUGUAAAGAAUGGUAAAAAGCUUCUGUGAAACUCCACUUUUUAACAUCUAAGGUCUUUAAAACGUUGCACUUUGAAUUGUUUCAUUUGUUUUGUAUCAGACAAGCUGAUUGUAUAUUGCAAAGGCUUUGUUUUAGCUGUCUUGCAGUCAGUAAGAUUUAAUCUUCUUGGGGGUAAAAAAAAAUGUAGUUUCCAACAUUAAAUGUCUUGUAGAGGCUUUGUUAUUGUACUAAGUUUGGUGUAUACUGGAGAUCUGUCUGUCUGUAGACUCCUCUUACCCACCAAAGAGACUUAGAAAUGAGACAAAAAGGAAUCAAACUUAAUACAAAAGGGAUUGUUAUAUGAAUGUGUUGUGACUGACAUUCAGAAAUUCCCACUGUUCAUGCAGCGCUAAUUAUAGCAUUGGGGUUACAGAGCGCAGAAAUGAUAUUCAUUUCCACUUUAUGACCUAACAUAAAUAGCACUGCAAAUAAUAACUGAAAUAAGCUAUGUCAUUUGUUUUGCAUGUGAUAGACAUUGUGUCCUUAUAUUGGAUGUAUGAAAUGCUAAU